CGGGCGUGCGGGGGAAGACGCACGGGCGGGCUCGGCUCUCCCGGGGAGCUGCCCGGGACUGCACCCGGACGGGCGCCUCCCGGCUCCGCGCUGCCCUCGGCCUCGCCCCGGGCCCGGGCGGAUGAGCCGCGCGCCCGGGGGACAUGGAAGCGCUGACGCUGUGGCUUCUCCCCUGGAUAUGCCAGUGCGUGUCGGUGCGGGCCGACUCCAUCAUCCACAUCGGUGCCAUCUUCGAGGAGAACGCGGCCAAGGACGACAGGGUAUUCCAGCUGGCCGUAUCCGACCUGAGCCUCAAUGAUGAUAUUCUGCAGAGCGAGAAGAUCACCUACUCCAUCAAGGUCAUCGAGGCCAACAACCCGUUUCAGGCCGUGCAGGAAGCUUGUGACCUCAUGACCCAGGGGAUUUUGGCUUUGGUCACGUCCACCGGCUGUGCAUCCGCCAAUGCCCUGCAGUCUCUCACAGACGCAAUGCACAUCCCACACCUCUUCGUCCAGCGCAACCCAGGGGGCUCGCCACGUACCGCCUGCCACUUGAACCCCAGCCCCGACGGUGAGGCCUACACACUGGCCUCCAGACCGCCCGUACGCCUCAAUGACGUCAUGCUCAGGCUGGUGACAGAGCUGCGCUGGCAGAAGUUCGUCAUGUUCUACGACAGUGAGUAUGAUAUCCGUGGGCUCCAGAGCUUUCUGGACCAGGCCUCGCGGCUGGGCCUUGACGUCUCUUUACAAAAGGUGGACAAGAACAUCAGCCACGUGUUCACUAGCCUCUUCACCACGAUGAAGACGGAGGAGCUGAACCGCUACCGGGACACGCUGCGCCGUGCCAUUCUGCUGCUCAGCCCACAGGGGGCGCACUCUUUCAUCAACGAGGCGGUGGAGACCAACCUGGCUUCCAAGGACAGCCACUGGGUCUUUGUGAAUGAGGAAAUUAGCGAUCCCGAGAUUCUGGAUCUGGUCCACAGCGCCCUGGGCAGGAUGACCGUGGUCCGACAGAUCUUCCCGUCUGCAAAGGACAACCAGAAAUGCAUGAGGAACAACCACCGCAUCUCCUCCCUGCUCUGCGACCCCCAGGAAGGCUACCUCCAGAUGCUACAGAUAUCCAACCUCUACCUGUAUGACAGUGUUCUGAUGCUGGCCAACGCCUUCCACAGGAAGCUGGAGGACCGGAAGUGGCACAGCAUGGCAAGCCUCAACUGCAUACGCAAGUCCACCAAGCCAUGGAAUGGAGGGCGGUCCAUGCUGGAUACAAUCAAAAAGGGCCACAUCACCGGCCUCACCGGGGUGAUGGAGUUUCGGGAGGACAGCUCGAAUCCCUACGUCCAAUUUGAAAUCCUCGGCACAACCUACAGUGAGACGUUUGGCAAAGACAUGCGUAAGCUGGCGACCUGGGACUCUGAGAAGGGCCUGAAUGGCAGCCUGCAAGAGAGGCCCAUGGGCAGCCGCCUCCAAGGACUGACUCUCAAAGUGGUGACCGUCUUGGAAGAGCCUUUCGUGAUGGUGGCUGAGAACAUCCUUGGACAGCCCAAGCGCUACAAAGGGUUCUCCAUAGACGUCCUGGAUGCCCUGGCCAAGGCUCUGGGCUUCAAAUAUGAGAUUUACCAGGCCCCUGAUGGCAGGUACGGUCACCAGCUCCAUAACACCUCCUGGAACGGGAUGAUCGGGGAGCUCAUCAGCAAGAGAGCAGACUUGGCCGUCUCUGCCAUCACCAUCACUCCGGAGAGGGAGAGCGUUGUGGACUUCAGCAAGCGGUACAUGGACUACUCAGUGGGGAUCCUAAUCAAGAAGCCCGAGGAGAAAAUCAGCAUCUUCUCUCUUUUUGCUCCAUUUGAUUUUGCGGUCUGGGCCUGCAUUGCGGCAGCCAUCCCUGUGGUUGGUGUGCUGAUAUUUGUGUUGAACCGGAUACAGGCCGUAAGGGCUCAGAAUGCUGCCCAGCCCCGACCAACUGCGUCUGCCACCUUGCACAGUGCCAUCUGGAUCGUCUAUGGAGCCUUCGUACAGCAAGGUGGCGAAUCCUCCGUGAACUCCGUGGCCAUGCGCAUAGUGAUGGGCAGCUGGUGGCUUUUCACUCUCAUCGUGUGCUCCUCCUACACAGCCAAUCUCGCCGCCUUCCUCACAGUAUCCAGGAUGGACAACCCCAUAAGGACAUUCCAGGACCUGUCCAAACAAGUCGAGAUGUCUUACGGCACUGUCCGGGACUCCGCGGUGUAUGAGUACUUCCGAGCCAAGGGCACCAACCCCCUGGAGCAGGACAGCACGUUUGCCGAGCUCUGGCGGACCAUUAGCAAGAACGGAGGGGCUGACAACUGCGUGUCCAGUCCUUCGGAAGGCAUCAGGAAGGCAAAGAAGGGGAACUACGCCUUUCUGUGGGAUGUGGCCGUAGUGGAGUAUGCAGCCCUGACGGACGACGACUGCUCGGUGACUGUCAUCAGCAACAGCGUCAGCAGCAAGGGCUAUGGGAUCGCCCUGCAGCAUGGCAGCCCCUACCGGGACCUCUUCUCCCAGAGGAUCCUGGAGCUGCAAAACACUGGGGACCUGGAUGUGCUCAAGCAGAAGUGGUGGCCGCACACAGGCCGCUGCGACCUCAGCAGCCACACCAGCGCCCAGGCCGACGGCAAGUCCCUCAAACUGCACAGCUUCGCCGGUGUCUUCUGCAUCCUGGCUAUUGGCCUCCUCCUUGCCUGCCUGGUGGCCGCCCUGGAGUUGUGGUGGAAUAGCAACCGCUGCCACCAGGAGACCCCCAAAGAGGACAAAGAAGUGAACUUGGAGCAGGUCCAUCGGCGCAUGAACAGUCUAAUGGAUGAAGACAUUGCUCACAAGCAGAUUUCGCCAGCGUCCAUAGAGCUCUCGGCACUGGAGAUGGGGGGCCUGGCUCCCGGCCAGGCCUUGGAGCCGACGAGGGAGUACCAGAACACGCAGCUGUCGGUCAGCACCUUCCUGCCGGAGCAAAGCAGCCACGGCACCAGCCGGACACUCUCGGCAGGGCCCAGCAGCAACCUGCCGCUGCCACUGAGCAGUUCAGCCACCAUGCCCUCCAUGCAGUGCAAACACAGGUCGCCCAACGGGGGGCUGUUCCGCCAGAGCCCCGUGAAGACCCCCAUCCCCAUGUCCUUCCAGCCCGUGCCUGGAGGCGUCCUUCCAGAGGCCUUGGACACCUCCCACGGCACCUCCAUCUGACCACACCGCCUGCCCUCCUGCCCGCCCAUCCACCCACCCGACCAGCAGAGCUUUUUAAUACAAGGAAACCACACAAACCACACACACACACAAACACACACACACACGCACUCACACAAAGACUUUCACUUUUCUUGUACAUACGUGUAAAUAAUGACAGAAUGGAGUGGGGUAAAAGUGUAUUUUGAAUAUUCCCAAUUUUCGAAGUCAGUAAAAAAAAAAAAACACACAAAAACUGUAUGAAUGACUUUGUAAAUUUUGUUCUAUAUGAAUAAAAAGGCAAAUUACUUGUGAUCAUUCUGAAGUGCCAAAGAAGCCCCCUGUUCCUGAGCCUUUCUGAGGGCAGGAGGGACAAUCAGAUAGGGAGCCCCUUCCUGCUGGGGAGAAGGAGGAUGAGGAGCAGGUCGCUUUAGAGGAGCCCCAAAUGCUGCUUGCUGCCGUGUCCCACGGUUUCCUCCCACUUUCCGCUGCUCCUGGCCCCUUGUUCCUCCUCAGUCCGUUCUGGUAGAUGAAGAGUAAGCCUUGAGCCAGCGCUGGCCGGGCCCACUGGGCCACUGUGCUGUCGGGUGAUCAACUUCCUGUCAGCCAGGGACCGAGGAGGCUCUGGGCCAUGUGGCCAUCCCGGGAGUCGCCCCACUGUGUGUCACGGUGCGAUGUGGGCCUGAGAGGAGGGCCACACCGAGGUCAUUGUCUCUGAGGGCUUUGAUGCCGACAUGCUCUACUGUUGGCCUUCUUUUUUACUUUAUUUUCCUAACUGGAAAAAUCAACAAGUGAUAGAAUAUGAGAGAAGGGGGCGAUCCCAUCAUUGCCUUGGAGCGGGCAGGGCAGAGGUGGCUUUGGCCUAGUGAGAAGUCCGUGGUACAGAGCGAUGCAAGGUAUGGUGUGUGGACCAGGUAAGGUGGUGGGAGGAGAGGCCAGGUAGAGGGAGACUAGUCUCUUGGGUUUGGGACCAGAGGUCCCAGGUGAGAGAGGACAGUGUGGUCACAGAUGCAGGGAGUAGAAGCAUUGUGGUUUCAGGUAAAAGGAUGCUGUUGAAGACGUGGAGGGAGGGCCCAGGUGAGCAGACUACUGCUCUAGGUGAUUGGGAGUGCUGGGAAUAGAUCGACCAGACCAUGUGCAGUCAGGUUUGAAGGAGCCUUGGCUCUUGGAGAGGGAAUAGCAUAACUUUGUGUGACAUGAAGACAAGUAUCUCCCAUCUGCAGGGGAAGUAACCCCCAAAUAAAAGGAUGUCUCUGGGUCUUAAACCCUGAGGAAAGUCUGCCAGGCAGGGCCAGAACCUAGCACAGUCCUCACUCCCUGCUGUGCCAGCCCUCCUUGAGCUCCAGAAGCCCUCCAGCUGUGAUGAGCCCUGAGCAGGGGCCAUCGUGGCUGUAAGCAUCUUUUCGUCUCAGAUUCCUAGGCCUGUCCCUGAUUUAGGAACUUGCUGGGAAACUCUGCUCUUUAAGUUUAGACAACCUGAUAGCCCUCCUCCCUCAUUGCCCUUUCUGGGGCAAUUAAACUAUAGAACCAGAGAAAGAACCACUAGGAGCAGAGUCAUUUGUGAGCUGUAACACUCCAGCUCUUCUCAUUCUGAAAACCAAGGUGAUUCUGCUCUCUUAACCAGCCAGGAGGGUGGACACGGCCCACAGCUGGCACUGAGAAGGGUGGGAUUCCCUCCCCCACCCGUAAGCAGGGAGAUGAGAGCCCUGGUCUGUGGUCAUGGAGAAAAACAAAGUCCUAUUGAUUGCCUCUCCUAUAGUCUUGUAGAGUUACUCCAGAGAUGUGUUUCUGAGGCGAUAACUAGCCCAGGAUUGAUUUCUUUCCUAAAGUCCUGAGCUACGUGAUUGAGCAGUAAGGAAUGGCUGCAUCGCAGUCAGCUGAAAGCACCCUGAGGAGGAGAGUGCUUCUAAUUGUGUUAUUUAUCUCUGGAUGCUGAGACGGUUCUGAUGACAGUGCUACCAGGUGAUCCACUGACGUUUCUCCAAUCAGCGCGUGUAGAGCCAGGAGCUGGGUGCACGCUCACGGGGGUGCCUGCCUAGCUGGGCUACAGUUGUUCCCCGGAGGAAGAUCAGGCUUCAUUUUCUUUCCAUCAGCACUUUGGGGGCCCUGCCCUAGAUGGUCAAUUUUUCAUAUAUAUCUCUCUAUUUUUUUAAUCAAAUUGUGGUCUCACUGCCUUAUCUCACACCCAAGUCUGUUUUUCUUGCAAGAUGACCUGUCUUCUGGGGUAUACCGUGGAUGUUUUCUUGGACAGCUUUGUUUAGAAUGGGUGUCAGGGAGAGGAAAGUGAUGGAACCAUGUGUGAUGAGAAAGAGAGAGAGCGAGAGAGCGAGAGAGCGAGAGAGAGAGAGAGAGAGAGAGAGAGCAUAUCUUUGAGAGAAAAGUAUCCUGCUUAUAAAAAACCCUUAACACCUCAUGGUGUUAUUCUUCACAAUGUUCAUGUUAUUUUUCAAAUUCCCUACCCAUGGCAUGGAGGCAUAUGAUUGGAAUUCAAGUAAGUUCUCUAGAAAAACGAAAAAAACAAUUCUUCCCAACUCAGAUUUCUGUGUCAGCUCAGAAUGUAUCGUUUUUUUUCAUGCUUUGCUCUUUGGAUUUAUAACUGUUUAGACUAUUCCAUACAUUUUAGGUAUAUUUUGUGCCUUCAGACACUGCAAAUAAUAAUCAGCAUUUGGAUUAAA